AAACAGCAAAACAGAUUUAGGAUUUGUGAGUCUCUCUAAGCUAUAGGUAUGCGAUCGGGCUUUAGGUUUCAGCAGGAUGGAAAAACCUUUCCCGUUCACACAUAGCCUUUCUGUCGCGUUUUUCUUUGCUAAUACGGAGAGAGAUGUAACUGGAAUCUUUGUUUAGACUGGAGGGGGACAGAAAAGCAGUAACAAACGAUGAAGAGAAACGGGAGGGGUGGGGGUGUCUUUUUUUUUUUUUUUUUUUUCCCUGUCUGAACAAAACCUGGCGCGGGCUCGCUGGCGCAGAUAACGAUCUCGCUCUGUUCAGAAGGCGGGUUUUGCGCAGGAGGCGCUGAGAGCAGAGACCCGGAGCAGGGUCCCCGGAGCAGCCUCAUCGCGCCCCCACCGCGGAGCUGGUAUGCGGUAGGGUAGUGCCAUGUAUUGGAAGAGCGACCCGAUGUUCGUGUGCAGGCUGGAUGACAAGGAUCUUCCUGCGCUCGGCGGCCCCUCGGAGAAGGCGAGCCCCGCGGCGGCCGACGAGGACUCCUGCUCUUCCUCCGCCGCGCUGUCGCCCUCCUCCUCGCCACGGUCCAUGGCCUCGGGCUCCGGCUGCGCCCCUAGCAAGUGCGUGUGCAGCAGCUGCGGCCUGGAGAUCGUGGACAAGUAUCUGCUGAAGGUAAACGACCUCUGCUGGCAUGUGCGCUGUCUCUCAUGCAGUGUUUGCAGAACAUCUCUAGGAAGGCAUACUAGCUGUUACAUCAAAGAUAAAGAUAUCUUCUGCAAACUUGAUUAUUUCAGGCGGUAUGGCACCCGCUGUUCCCGCUGUGGGAGGCACAUUCAUUCUACUGACUGGGUCCGGAGGGCUAAAGGAAAUGUAUAUCACUUGGCUUGUUUUGCCUGCUUCUCCUGCAAAAGACAACUUUCUACUGGAGAGGAAUUUGCUUUGGUUGAAGAGAAAGUCCUCUGUAGAGUACAUUAUGACUGCAUGUUGGACAAUCUGAAAAGAGAAGUUGAAAAUGGUAAUGGGAUUAACGUGGAAGGAGCAUUGCUAACAGAACAAGAUGUUAAUCAUCCAAAGCCAGCAAAAAGAGCUCGGACCAGCUUCACAGCAGAUCAACUCCAGGUUAUGCAAGCACAGUUUGCUCAGGACAACAAUCCAGAUGCACAAACACUUCAGAAACUGGCAGAAAGAACAGGCCUGAGCAGGCGUGUUAUACAGGUGUGGUUUCAAAAUUGUAGAGCACGCCAUAAGAAACAUGUUAGUCCUAAUCAUUCAUCUACUGCUCCUGUCACAGCAGUUCAGCCCUCCAGGCUGUCUCCACCCAUGUUAGAAGAAAUGGCAUACUCAGCAUAUGUACCCCAAGAUGGGACUAUGUUAACUGCUCUACAUAGUUAUAUGGAUGCUCAUUCACCUACAGCUCUUGGACUCCAGCCUUUGCUACCCCAUUCAAUGACACAACUGCCAAUAAGUCAUACCUAAUUCCUUUCUGUCAGGGAUAUAAGCUAUUAAGGAUGUAAUCUUAAGUCAUUUAUUGUGUAUGAAAAAUAUCAUUGGAAAGAUAUUAAUGUUAACUUUUUAUUUAACAUCUAAAGCAUUUUCAAGACCACUUUUGCUGCCCAGGUAUGUAAGUAUGUAUUUAGCCUGCAAGACACUUUUAUGGAUUCUGCAUAAAUAAAUAUUACAGUGUUUACAAGCCUUAUUAAACACCUUUUUGUAUUGUCUGGAAGUAGUCCACUCUAGUUAUGUAUUUGUUAAUUUAUUUGUCAUCAAAAGAGCACUUUGCCUAAAAGAAAGGACUGACAAUUGUGCAAAAUGUUUACAAUUCUUUGUGAAAUCAUAGUUUAUCAUUAGUUUGUAUCUGUAAGUUAUUGCCAAAAGUAUUACCUGUAUUUGAGUUAUAUACAGCCUAUAUGUUAAAGCUUAUUUCUGUGAGUUUACAAAAAUUUUGGUUGCAAAUAUUUUCAACAUGAACUAAAUAAAGUUUGUGCUGUAGCAUGCUAAGCAAAAA